GCGGCCCCGGGCCGCGGCGGCCGCCGCCCCGAUGAGCGGAUGAGGAGCGGGCGCGGCGGCCGGCGGUGCCUGGGCGGGGAGCCGGGUGCGUGCGCCAUGAACCCCGAGUUGGCGAUGGAGCCGCUGGGCAGCCUGCACGGGGCGGCGGGGCACGAGCCGGAGCUGAUGGGCAGCCCCAGCCCGCACCACGGCGGACGCGGCGCGGGGCCGCUCCGGGUACCGCCCCCGCCGCCGCCGCCGCCGCCGCCGCCGCCGCCGCCGCCGCACCAGGAGCUGCCCCCCGCCGCCCGGCCCGCCAUGGUGCCCAGCAUGGCCUCGCUGCUGGACGGCGCCGCCGAGUACCGGCCCGAGCUGUCCAUCCCGCUGCACCACGCCAUGAGCGUGCCCUGCGAGGCCUCGCCGCCCGGCAUGGGCAUGAGCGGCACCUACACCACGCUGACGCCGCUCCAGCCCCUGCCGCCCAUCUCCGCCGUCUCCGACAAGUUCCACCACCCGCACGCCCACCCGCACGCCCACCACCACCACCACCACCACCAGCGCCUGCCGAGCGGCGCCGGCGGCGGCUUCGCGCUGAUGCGGGACGAGCGCGGGCUGCCGGCCGUGAACAGCCUGUACGGGCCCUACAAGGAGGUGCCGGCCGUGGGGCAGAGCCUCUCGCCGCUGGGCAACGGGCUGGGCCCGCUGCCGGGCGCCCAGCAGGGCCUGCACGGCUACGGCCCGCCGGGCCCCGACAAGAUGCUGAGCCCCAACUUCGAGGCGCACGCGGCGAUGCUGGCGCGGGGGGAGCAGCCGCUGCCCCGCGGGCUCGGGACGCCCCCGGCCAUGCUGCCGCCGCUGAACGGCGCGCACCACCCCGCGCCCCCCGGCCCGCCGCCCCCGCACGGCCCCGCGCUGCCCCCCGGCCGCGACCGCCCGCCCCCCGCCAACGGCCCGCAGGGCAGCGGCGCGGGGCAGCUGGAGGAGAUCAACACCAAGGAGGUGGCACAAAGGAUCACGGCCGAGCUGAAGCGCUACAGCAUCCCCCAGGCCAUCUUCGCCCAGCGGGUGCUGUGCCGCUCCCAGGGGACCCUCUCGGACUUGCUGCGGAACCCCAAGCCUUGGAGUAAACUCAAGUCCGGCCGGGAGACGUUCCGCAGGAUGUGGAAGUGGCUGCAGGAGCCGGAGUUCCAGAGGAUGUCGGCCCUGCGGCUCGCAGCCUGCAAACGCAAAGAGCAAGAGCCCAACAAAGAGCGGAACAGCUCCCAGAAGAAAUCCCGCCUGGUGUUCACGGACCUGCAGCGCCGAACGCUCUUCGCCAUCUUCAAGGAGAACAAGCGCCCCUCCAAGGAAAUGCAGAUCACCAUCUCCCAGCAGCUGGGCCUGGAGCUCACCACCGUCAGCAACUUCUUCAUGAACGCCCGCCGGCGCAGCCUGGAGAAGUGGCAGGACGACCUGAGCUCCGGGGGCUCCUCCUCGGCCCCCGGCAGCUGCCCCAAGGCCUGAGGGGCACGGCCGGCGCGGCGCGGCCGGCACGGCGCGGCAGAGAGAGCGGCUUGGCUUCCCGCAGGGCCCUCCACCGGUGACUUCUAAAGCACAAUCCUCCCACGACCACCCCAGCCCAGCUGGCCCCGAGGGCGUCCCUACGGCUCCCCGUCGGUCCCAGCAGGCGCCGGUUCCACGUCCACCUCCCCCUGGACAACGCAAAGCUCAGGACAGGCGAGGCAGGUCUGAAACGCGGGGGAGCCGUUCCCGAGGCGAGUUUCUCCUGAGCCCGGACCUCCCCGGCCGGCGGGAGCUCCCGAUCCGGUGCCUGCCGUGUGCUGGCCACACCGCCCCGCGAGAACGGAGCACAAAGCCCGGCACUAAAGAACCCCAGACCCCGGUUUUAAACUCAGGCGUGGUUUUCAUUGAGCUUUUUUAAAGGAGAAAAAGAAAGAUCGAAUGUUAAGUUUUCCUUCGUUUCCUUAGCUUUAACUCAAUCAGCUUGUUCUUGGAUCAGAGCAAUUCAGUUCCCUCGAGCUCAGAGUAUCAAGCACAAAGCCGUAGCUACAGCCCUGGGCUCCCCGGGGCCGUGCCAGCUGCGGCCUGGCAUCCCGGGAACGCCGCGGAGACCGCAGGAGCCCCAAGCACAGCUGGCAGUUCCUCCCAAGGUCUGUGUUUGUACCUCAGGCACACUCAGGAGGUCGAUGGAACUGCUACAGUACGCGGAGCGAACACAACAUUUCCAAAGAUCUGGAUUUCCUUAGGUCAUUCUUACACCCUUUUUGGUCUCCCGGAAUCUGGUUUCUCCUCGGCAACGUCCUCGUUACCGAAACCUUUUUAGCGUUCCAGGCAUUUCUGUUCAUUUUUUCCCGUGUUUUAUGGUACUUUCAAGCAGGUAAAAAACCCCCAGAAACGAGCCCUCCGGAUGCCACCGACCGUUUCAGACGUGCCGCAUCGACCCCCCACCGCGUCCCCCCGUUCCCUUUCCCCGCCCGCCGCCCGAGCCGGCGGGAACACAGCACACCAAAGAGACAGGAUUUCUGCAAGCCAAAGAUGUUUCUAACCCGCCAUUUCUCCUCGCCAUGGCUGGUGUGGGUGGUCGGGCGGCGCCGGGGAGGCCCCCCGAGCUCCGAGCCCUCUCUCGGCCGCGGCCGCCCCGUGAGCGGUGACCGAGCGCGGCCGCGGCUCUUUAAAGAGACACUUGAGACUUUUUUUAUGUGCUACUUAAUCGAAACCAAAGAAACGUUUUUUCUGCACCUACUUCUUCUGCAACAAACUGUUCCAUUGAAAGAUAAAAUAAAAACUUAAAAAAACAAAACAAAAAAAACAAAAAAACAACAACAAGAAGGAAGCGCGUCAGGAAGCAAACGAGUCCCACACUGUGUUUUACAGACAUCUCGGACGUUUUCGGAAGCAGAUCUCAAAGAAAGGGUUGACCAAGAAUGAGAACAAAGCAAAGCCAGUACAAUUGCUGCUUCAUUUGACAACUCCAGUCAUCCUAAAGUUGAAGAUUGUCUUUAAUUUGUGCCUAUGCAGUUUUUUCAAAAAGAACAAGGAACAGAGCAACCAAAACCUCAACAGCUACAAUACCAAAGAUGAGGAUUCUCACGACUUGUGUUUCAGUUUGUUUUCUCCUCUUGCACGACUAAUGCACACAACCCCACUGGUCUCUGGACAGGUAACACUUCUGAGUCUUUGUGCAACCCCAAGGGUGGGUUUAUUUGUUUCCCCUGUCUCUGCCCCCCACGGCAGCUCUCCGAGAGCUGCACGGACUCCGAGCGCAAGAUGUUGGGAUACUGGUACGUCCCCUCCCUCCAGGAAAAACCUGUGGGGUGGGGGUGACCUGUGUGUCGGUCUCCUGUGAACAGCCCCCCUCCUGCACGUGACAGCAGCCGAGAACCCUCCACCCUUCCACGAGGGUUCAUUCCCACCCAGGUGUCCGUCCAACCAGCCCCUCCCCGUGCAUUCUGAACACAGCACUGCCCUCACGGGAGGUGCCUCACGCUGGCAGUGUCCCCCCACAGUCUGCAGCGGUGCCAGGUGUCCGUCCCUUCCCUCCUGCCCCCGUAACCGUGGCAGGGGGAGGGAUGCCAAUCCCAGUGCCCGUUUCCCACCUUCCCUUCCUGCAGCUGCAAGGCAGGGAACGAGCCCAAGUCACCCUCUGAGCGUGUGCUGGACACUUCAGCCGAGGGACACCUCCCCUGGGGGCUUUUUAUUCCUGCCCAGAGUUCCUCCCAACACCCUAACAAAGGAAAUCUGGGUCAGUUACAAAACUAUUUACAAAUUUCUUCUGCGAUUAUUUACAAAUUCCUCCUCGGUGCAGUCACCAGCUGUGACAGUGUUUGUUUAGGGCUGGGUAACAAACAACACCACCAGGCUUCUCUGGGCUGGGCAACAAUCACAGGCCAUUUUCAUCCACAAAUCCGGCUGCAUUUUUUAUCCCUGCCCCUCUCGUGGCCCCUCCUGUGACACCUCCCAUCUCACUGCCCCCCUCGUGGCUUUUAUGUAGCAGCUCCCUCAGAGGAGGAGCGUUGGAACCCCGGACUGUGGGGGGAGAUCCCCGUGUGGGCGAGCAGAGUCCGUGCCCUAUUCUGCCCUAAUCCCAACUCCAGCAGACAAAUCCCGAUUCUGUGCCCUAUAUUUAUGACUCUAUAGAGCUGUGUAAUGUAACUUGUUGCUUUAUUUCUUCUGCCACAAAAAGACUGGUGUGCACAGAGAGUAUCCCAGCAUCUCCCGGACCGGGAACUUGGAGUUACAAGCGUGGGCACGGCCGAGAUGAAUUCAACUUUCAAGAAACCUUGGAUAUCGCUUUAGUUGCCCCCGCAGGAACAAGGAAUGUGCUCGAUGAACUUCGGUCGAAUAGCUUUAUUCUGGAUCUCUCUGACCUACAGCUGAAUCCAAAGACCUGAGAAGGACCCAACCAGCAAACCUCGCUCAUCCCUGCCCGAGGGAAGGGGGAUCCCAGCCCUGCAGGAGGGAAGGGGGGUCUCCCCUCCCCAAGGAAGACACGGUAACAACACAAACUGGCUUUGGACACAGCCAGUGCUUUUCUUGCUUGUCACAAUUCCCGAGUAUUUUUAAGACGCGGGGAAACUUUCUACGUGGCCUCCUUUGUAUUUAUUAAGGGGAAUUUUUAUUGGUUAGAUUUUUUUAAAAAGGCAAAGCUUAAAAUGGUUUUAUUUUUAUUUUUUUUUUCCAGACACCUGUGGGUUUUGACCCGAUAUAGUACCUAUCAAUAAUGUAAUUUAUUUAAUUUAGUCUUAGGGCAGGUCCUGAGAUCUCUGUUCAGUCUGAAUCCCGUUGAGUUGCAUCUGAGCUUUUCAGUUCAGUGGGAGCUUUGCCUGAGUGCAGACUGCAGGGUCAGGCUCCCAUGUUAGCUAUUUGCAACUAUUUAAUUCCCUCAUUUAUGAACUCAUUUGGGAUUAAUUCUGCUUAUUUAUCCAUCUGACUGUCGUAGCGCAUCAGAGAUGCGAAGCCUGUCAGUAAAUCCACUGAAGAGUUGGUGUUGCUCCCUAGAGCAGCCAGGUUCUGCUGGACAGGGAAAAACAACUCAUUCCAUGAAGCAGGAGUCCAGUUUUAAUUCCCUCUUCUCAUUAAUUUUACUUGUUUAAGCAUCAAAGUUUAAGUUAUUUAAGUUAAUCCGAUUGGAAAGGGCGACGUACCUUUAUUAUGGCACAUAACUAAUUUAUUUAACUUAUUCAUUUAACUUAUUCAUCACCGCCCCAGGAUGCCCCUGUAGAGCUUUUUAUUUUUUGAUUUAGAAUUACCUCUGAAGCACUACAGCUGAUCUCCUGUAAGAGCAGCAGAGCGAACUUGGAGGACAAGCAAUGAAUACUCAAACCUGAAACUGUGUGUUCGGAAAAAAACAGUUAAAAAAAACAAAAAAAAAAAAAAAAAAAAAGACACCGGGAUACUUUGCCUGAACUUUGUGGCUUCUUAAAGCUUAAGCUGGGGGUAAAAUAAUCCAUGCCAAGCAAAAAGAGAGGAACCCUUAAACUAGCUGCUUCCAAGAAUGAACUUCUGUGUGUGGAAAAAAAAAAGA